CGCUGGCAACUAAAAUCCGAGGUGGUUUAAACGUCUUAUCUCCUGCUGUUGUUCAAAACCCCAACAUGGACGAGAAUCGUUGUGAUCUGAUUUAUCCAGAGUCCUCUCAACUCGUGAAGGCUUCCCUGGAAAGACGUCUGAGGACGCAGAAACCCGGGGACAGCCGUGGAGGCUUGGCCGGCGUGCAGUGGUGUUCCUGCGGGGACUUCACGGUGCAGCUGGGCCUGCAGCAGAUCCAGGCUCUCAUCGGGACGUGGGGGCUCCCGUCCUGCUGGCUGCAUAGCCUGGACUUUCUCUACACCACCGAGGAGCAGUUCCUCACCUUCCACCACUACCGGGCCCGCUUCAGCCGGCCCACGCCCAGGGAGCCGGUCCCGGGCACGGCCAGCGUCUACUUCGCCAUGGAAAUAUCCAAAACCAAGCCCCAGACGCUGCCCGUGGAGGUGAGCUUCGUGGUGGAGGCGAACAGGCUGGUGCACCGGCCCGGAAACCGCCUGGGGGAGAAGUGGCUGCUGGACGUGAUCGAGAGCAAGGUGCUGGUGCAAAGGUUGAGCAACCUGUAGACCCGAUAACAACCUCCACGGAAACACUCACUAAUGA